CGUCGUUUUAUGAAAUCCUCGAAAAAAAGAUACUAAUAAGUAGUGUUUGCGGGUGAUAGUGGAGAGCCAAUCAGACCUUUUAACUCUGUGGAGACUAGUAGGUUCUAGGUAGAGAGAAUAGAUAAUGACUCGUCGUUACUAUUAAAAGGAAGGAAAACAAGAUUUCGAUUAAGUGAGGCUGCUCUCUUCUCUUCACAACGCAUCAUCUCAUGCAUUUUGGGCUAUUAUAUAAACACCCAACUUCCUCACGAAAUCUUACACCAAACACAAAUAUUCCAUUAAAAGAAACAUUUUCUAUAGUCAAGCAUAAAGAGCAUUCCAAUGGCGAUCCCAAGUUUCUCCAUGUGUCACAAGCCCGAGCUCCUUAAGGAAGGCAAAAGCGAAGGCCAAGAAGAAGAAGGGCUAAGCUACGAGUUCCAAGAGAUGUUGGACUCUCUUCCUAAGGAGAGAGGACGGAGAAAUCGUUACCUUUACUUAUUCCAAGGGUUUCGGUGCCAAGCUAAGGAGAUUCAAGCUAUCACGUCUUUCCAAAAACAUUUUCAGUCCCUUCCAGACGACGUUGUCCUCGCCACCAUACCUAAAUCUGGCACAACCUGGUUAAAAGCUUUAACUUUCACCAUCCUUACCCGUCAUCGGUUUGAUCCGGUUUCCUCAUCAAGUUCCGACCACCCUCUUCUCACAUCCAACCCUCACGACCUCGUACCUUUCUUCGAGUACAAGCUUUACGCCAACGGAAAUGUUCCCGAUCUCUCGGGUCUAGCCAGUCCAAGAACAUUCGCAACCCACGUACCGUUCGGUGCCCUUAAGGAUUCGGUCGAGAAUCCCAGUGUGAAGGUUGUGUACCUGUGCCGGAACCCGUUUGACACAUUCAUCUCCAUGUGGCAUUACAUCAACAACAUCACUUCCGAGUCAGUGAGCGCAGUCUUGCUAGACGAAGCUUUUGAUCUAUAUUGCCGGGGAUUACUGAUCGGAUUUGGCCCGUUUUGGGAACACAUGUUGGGAUACUGGAGAGAGAGCUUGAAGAGGCCAGAGAAAGUCUUAUUUUUAAAGUACGAGGAUCUCAAAGAAGACAUCGAGACCAACUUGAAGAAGCUAGCAAGUUUCUUAGGACUUCCUUUCACCGAAGAAGAGGAACAAAAGGGAGUUGUGAAAGCUAUCGCUGAUCUGUGUAGCUUUGAGAAUCUGAAGAAGUUGGAGGUGAACAAGUCAAGCAAAUUGAUCCAGAACUAUGAGAACCGGUUCUUGUUUAGGAAAGGAGAAGUGAGUGAUUUGGUUAACUAUUUGUCGCCAUCACAAGUGGAAAGAUUGUCAGCCUUAGUGGAUGACAAGUUAGCUGGAUCUGGUCUCACUUUCAGAUUGAGUUAAAUAUGAGGCCACCUGCCCACAUUUAUACUCCUGUUUUGAGGGCCUAUAAAAGUUUUAAGUUAAGUGAAGGCAGUUGUAUUAUUGUUACAGAUGGACAAUGAUGCAACGUAACGUCCACACUUUAGUUAAUUUGUCGUUUUUAUUUCUAUUUUACUAUAUGUCGUUUGUGUUUGCCAUUAUGUUUUAUUUGUUCUAGCGUAUUAUUAUUGUUCAUGCAUGUAUGUAGCUAAAUGUAUUGACAAAUAUGAAUAAAUUUUAUACUUCAUAUGUUUAUGUAUUUCAUG